GUUUGGUUCACAACAUUCCUCAAUUUUUAUUUUCAAACCCAAUAUAACCAAGAUGAUUUCAAAUUCCUUCUUAUUGGCUACAAAUGUGCUCCUCAUUCUUUUCCUUCUCCAACUUUUCUCCUACUUCAAGAGAAACAAAAAAUCACAUUUACCACCUCACCCUCCAAGUCCACCAUCAAUACCAAUAAUUGGCCAUCUUCAUCUCCUCAAACCACUCAUUCAUCACGCCUUUCGAGACCUUUCUGAUCAAUAUGGCGAUCUUAUAUCCCUUCGACUUGGCUCUACUCGAUUUAUUGUUGUUAACACUCCAGCGCUCGCCAAAGAGGUUCUCAAGACCCAUGAGCUCGCUUAUUCACACCGUAAAAUGAACAUAGCCAUUAACAUGGUUGUCUAUAAUGAUGCUACUUUUGCUUUUGCCCCUUAUGGGUCAUAUUGGAAAUUUAUUAAAAAGAUCGCCACCACUGAGCUCUUGGGUAACCGAACCAUUGGACAAUUCCAACCGAUUCGAACUCAAGAACUCCAUCAAUUCAUUCAAACUUUGGCAUAUAAAUCUAAGGCCGAAGAAAGAGUGAACCUCACACAAGCUUUAAUAAAGCUUUCCAACAACAUAAUAUCGCGAAUGAUGUUGAGCAUUGAGACCUCAGGGACAGACAGCCAGGCAGAACAGGCUAGGGCUUUAGUUCGAGAGGUAACACAAAUUUUUGGAGAAUUUAAUAUUUCGGAUUUUAUAGGAAUUUUCAAGAAUUUCGACUUACAAGGUUUUAAAAAGAGGGCCUUGGACAUACACAAAAGAUAUGAUGCUUUGUUGGAGAAGAUUAUUUCUGAUCGCGAGGUGUUGAGAAAGAAAACCAAAAUAAUAGAAGGUGGUUGUGAGAAUGGUGAAGAGAGAUUGAAGGAUUUUCUUGACAUGUUACUUGAUGUCUCCGAGGAGAAAGACCGUGAAGUCAACUUUACUAGAAAUCAUAUUAAAUCAUUGAUCUUGGAUUAUUUUACAGCAGCUACCGACACUACUGCCAUCUCGGUGGAAUGGACAAUAUCUGAAUUGUUUAACAAUCCAAAGGUGCUAAAAAAAGCUCAAGAGGAGGUUGAAAGAGUUAUAGGAAAGGAAAGAUUAGUGUCUGAAGAAGACUUUCCAAACCUUCCUUAUAUACAUGCCAUCAUAAAAGAAACAAUGAGGCUUCACCCUCCAAUACCAAUGAUUAUGAGGAAAGGAAUGGAAGAUUGUGUGGUUAAUGGUAACACGAUUCCAAAAGGCUCGUUGGUUUGCGUGAACAUUUGGGCCAUGGGAAGGGACGAAAAGAUAUGGGAAAAUCCAUUAGAGUUUAGGCCGGAAAGGUUUUUAGAGAAGAACGAAGGAAGUAAUAUAGAUAUGAAAGGACAUCACUUUGAAUUGUUACCAUUUGGCUCGGGAAGGAGAGGUUGCCCUGGCAUGCCUUUGGCUAUGCGCCAAUUACCCACCGUAAUUGGUACUUUGAUACAAUGUUUUGAGUGGAAAAUGCUUGAUUCUAAUUGUAAAAUCUUAGAUCAUGGCAAAAAAAUCGAUAUGGAUGAACGACCUGGAUUAACAGCUCCUAGAGCCAAUGAUCUUAUUUGUAUUCCAGUUGCAAGAUUGAAUCCCAUUCCUUUACUUCAACUCUACUAAAAGGGAAUUUGUGACAAAGUAGUGCAAUUGCUUUUGAUCAAAAAAACACCCAUAUUCUCUUACCUCUCUUUGCAUUCUUCCAUACUACUGAU